AAGUAGACCUGGCUUACCCAAUCAUCAAUGCUUUCGCCGCUUGAUGAUCAGGCGGAGGGCGAUGUAGGAUUCUGAUCCUUCGUCGAUCUCUACGUCUCUGUCCGCUUGACCAACUUACCCUCGUACCAUCAUACUGCGUCAAAGGUAUGCUGACCUUCCAGGCAGCGUCGACGACCACGUCCAGAUCUUGCGUCCACCUCGACGGGUAGGUCAUCUCGACCGAGCUCACAGCGGUCGUGUACGAGCAAGACCUCAAAAGGAACGCAAGAAGAUGAGCUCCGAACCGCUCCUCGAUCUACUUAUCAUUGGAGCCGGCCUCUCAGGCCUAGCUGUCGCACGCUUCUAUCUCUCCAUCCACCCGCUCGCACGUGUCCUGGUGCUCGAGAAGUCAUCCUCCGUUGGAGGACCAUGGGGUCGCAAGCGAGCAUACCCGGGAUUCUGGUCUCAAAGUGGAAUUCGAAUGUCAGGAUUUUCGGACGUACCGCUGACUGUGCCUCCGGAAGCGGACGUUUUCAAUGAUAUUUUCGAAGCGAGGUAUGUGACCGAUUACUUGGAGAGAUGUCUCGAUGAGCAUGUCUAUGAUGGAAGGACGUUGAGGGAGAGAGUGAGGACCGGCGUCGGGGUAGAGAGAGUGGUGAAGCUGGAUGGGGUCUGGACAGUUGACGGUGCGAUGCGUGACAGUGGCGAGCGGCCAACAUUGCGAACGAAACGACUCAUCGUCGCCACCGGCAUGACUUCUGAUCCACGGAUGCCCUUGUUCGCGGGCCAAGACGAAUUUGACGGUCGUAUCCUGCAUCAGAAAGACUACGGCCGAGUCCUCUCGGAAGGAGUGUCAUCUCAUCUCAAAAUCGCCGUCUUGGGCGCCGGGAAGUCCGCAGCAGAUAUCGUUUAUGGGCUCGCCAAGGCCGGAAACGAAGUUCACUGGAUCAUUCGAAAGUCUGGCACAGGUCCUGGAGCGUUCACGAACCCGGCCGAGAACGCGAAAGGGCCGUUCUUGAAUGAUCCAGAACUGGCAGCUACGAGACUCUUUGCAACGUUGAGUCCGUCGUGCUUCAAUACGCCGAAUUGGUGGACGCGGUUCUUGCACAAUACUGCCAUGGGAGAGACUCUGGUCAAAGGAGUCUGGGAUGGGGCGGAUGCCAAGUGCAAGCGGAUAGGCAACUUUCAUGAACGGGAAGGAGCGCGAGAGGGCUUUAGAAUGCUGGAGAGCGACGUGAGCCUCUUCUGGUGCACAGGACCGUUCGGCAUGAUCCAACGCCCCGACUUCUGGGACACAAUCGCGAGGAAUGUCCGCGUCCAUCGCCAUGACAUCGAGCGUCUAGCCGACCACAUAGUCGUCCUACAAGAUGGGCCUUCUCUCCCCAUUGACAUCAUCAUAUGCGCAACCGGCUUCACCAACGAGUAUCCCUUCUUCACCUCUCAGCAAAAAGUCGACCUCGGCCUCCCACAUACUGUCUCCGACUCCGCGGAUGAAAAGGAAUGGGUCGGUCUCGAAGCAGCAGCAGAUAUGGAAGUUCUUAGCAGAUACCCAAAACUGGCACAUGCCCCAGCGACGAAACAGAACCAUCUCACCAAGAACUCAACGCCCAAUCGGCUCUACAACAACAUCGCCCCGCUAUCCGACCGCUCGAUUGCCUUUGUCGGCAACGUCUACGCACCGAACGGCUUCCGCGUAGCAGAAGUGCAAGCGAUCUGGACCACCGCUCUGUUCGACGGACUGAUCCAAUUACCCUCGAUAGACGCCAUGCGGAAGGAGAUAGCGUGGGUGAAUGCGUUUAUGAAGCGGCGGUAUCCGACGCAUGGAGCUGGAGGGAACUAUUUACAGUAUGAUAUGAUGGGUUACAUAGAUCGAUUGCUAGGCGAGGUGGGAUUGAAGUCGCAUUUACAGGUUUGGUGGUGGAGGCGAUGGAUGUUUCCCAUGAUCGCGGCGGAUCUGGGAAGUGUUGCGGAGGAGUUUGAGGAGAAGUAUCGCUUUGCCGCGCGUGCCACGGCAUCAUACCCGUAG